CGAGUCAGCGAGGCUAUGUCGGCGCCGCCACCGCCAUCUUUUGGGCAGCAGUCCGGCGCCGCGCAGGGUAUCCCGCCCGGCACGCAGGCUGGAAGAUCUCGGCCUGAGUCCCCGACUCUGGACGUGAACGCGCCAGCCUUCCUGCCGUCCACCGCAGCGGCUGCCGCGGCCGCGGCUCACGCCGCAGCUGCAGCAGCGCGCCUGUCCGGCGCUUCUGCAAAUCAGCAGCAGCACCAGCUGCAGCAGCAACAACAACAAAACGCAGCAGCAGCAGUUCAGUAUUCCAUCAACCAAUCUCAGUCAGGAAACCACCACGCUCUGCAUGCGGGUGCCGGCGGCAGCGGCGGCGGCGUCUACGACCCCACCGCGCCCCAAUCGCACAGCGCGCCGUCAUCAGUAGAGCCGCGGCCACCACGUCCACCUUCUAUUAAUGUAAAUCGUGACACACAUGAUGGAUAUUCGUACGGCAACGAACACGGUCCUGGCGGGCUGCCCUCGCACCGGGAGCGCCGCCACAGCGCCGCCAGCUACACCCAGGGCGGUGGCGGCGGCGGCGGCGGCGGCAGCAGCGGCGGCGGCGCACCGGCUUCGGAGCCAGGUACGGACGCUGGCGGCGACGCCAACCCGAGCAGUCUGACCCACAUGGUCGAUUUCAUUAACCACCACAAGCUGGCCGGUAACCGCCCUGUGUACGCCUUAGCUGCCGCGGCGGCGGACGCGCACGGCGGAGGGGGUCGCGGACUGCACGGCCGCGGUGGCAACGCGCACCACCAUCCCCACGAGCGCGAUCCAAAAUGGGUCCAGCCCAGCGGUCCUCGGCGGCCGGGCGAGGGUGUUGAGAACGAGGAGCAGGGUAUCGUCAGCGCGGAGAAGACCCCCCAAGGGAUGAUCCUUCGCAUUACCCUUCUCGCAGCGGGCUUCGUUAUUGGCCCCAGCGGCAGCAGCGUCCGCGAGAUCAUGCGCGUCACGGGGGCGGACAUCAAAAGCUGGACCGAGAAUCGUACGGCACAGCAGCUCCUGGCGGCAACACCCGGCGGCGGCGGCGGCGGCGGCUCCCGGCGACCGUGCCGUAUGGUCGUCGUGGACGGCGAGGAAGCGCAGGUCCUUCAGGCGGUUAACGUUAUCGUUGCAGCAGUUGACCGUUACAAGGACCUUUGCGAGGGCCGUUAUCAGGGCCAAGCUGUGGCCCGGCAGCAGCGCGUGCUGGGCGUGGACUUCUGCUACCAGCCGCCGCCCCGGUCUGUCGUACCCUGCGCGGCGGCUCUCAAAGGGCAGCAGGAGCGGGGAGGUGGCGGCCACGGUGGCGGCAAUGCCCGGACAAGCCGUGACGAUUACAGCUACUCGCCGCCUGGCGGCGGAGGCAGCGGCGUCAGCGGUGGCGGCGCCGGAGGGUACGGCAGCCUGGGCAGCUACCAUCCCUCCGCUGGUUACAUCCCGAUGGCGCCCGAAUCGUACGGCGCUACGCCGUACAUAAUGGCGCCUGCGAUGCCGCCGUCUCCGGGCCGCGGUGGCCACUUGGACCACCUGGCGUUUGCGCCGUACGGCAUACCGCGAGGUGAAAAGGUCAAAAGCCAAUAA